AUGACGCUUGAUCGAUUCUAUUCACCAGGAGACGAUGAUGCUUCGCGCGUGUGCCGCGAGUUGGUGGAGCCGCACGGCUUCACGUGCGAGGAUCACCGUGUGGUAACACGUGAUGGCUUCGUUUUAGGCCUUCAGCGUGUGACGAGUCGCCAGUUCGAUGCAAGUGGAGCUGAUUCUGAUGUGAAUAAAACGAGCGGGGGAAACGGGAGGGGCGUUUCUCGAGGGCCGGUGCUGCUACAGCAUGGGCUGUUCCUGGGAGCCGAGAGCUGGGUUGUGGGCCCUCCCGGCAUCUCCCUGCCGUUCCUGCUUGCCAGGCUCGGGUUCGAGGUGUGGCUCGGCAACAGCAGGUGCGGGCCGUGGAGCUACGGACACACAAGAUGGCAGCCCAAGGAUAAGGAGUACUGGGAGUGGACGUGGGCGGACAUGGCACGCCACGACCUGCCAGCGCAGAUAGACCACAUCCUGGCAGCCUCUCACACGGGAGCGAGGCAGGUGUUCUACGUGGGCCACUCGCAGGGCACGCUCACCUUCCUCUCCGCCCUCGCUGCGGGCUACCUCCCACCCGCCACCAUCGCUGCUGCGUUCCUUUUCGCCCCUGUUACCUCCCUGGCACACCUCUCUUCACCCAUCGCCCACGAGGCAGCCAAGCUUGAUUUAGAUCGGGUGUCACCCACGUUCAGUUCUCGUACUCUUGUACCCACAUCUCAGCUCAUACUUUCGUACCUCACAAAAAGGUCAUCUGCAUGCAUCAUGUCUCUUCCACCCUCUAUGCCAACACUGGAGCGCUUCCACACUCUCUCCUCUCCCCGCUGCUCCUCAUCUAUCCUCUCCCCACUGCUCCUCAUCUCUCCUCUCCCCGCUGCUCCUCAUCUCUCCUCCCUCGUCAGCUCUCCCUUCUCCUCGCCCCUCUACGUCGCCCUUCUCUCGCCGUUCUCCUUCUCCCUCCCCCUCUCCGCCCCUCUCUCCUCCCCCUCUCUUCCAUCUCCUCCAGCUGGUGAGAGCAACGCGCCUGCACGAGUUCAGCCUGCGCAAGUGAGUGCUGCGAGGGGAGUGCUGCGAGGGGAGUGCUGCGAGGGGAGUGCUGCGAGGGGAGUGCUGCAAGGGGAGUGCUGCAAGGGGAGUGCUGCAUGCACCUCUCCACGUGGCACCUCUCCACGUGGCACCUCUCCACAUGGCACUCCUCCAUGUGCAACUCACUUAGCAGCGCGCGACCUCGCAUGCCCCUCUUGUGCCUCCCCUUCUUGUGGGCAUACCCUGGGCGAGCUGGUAGUUGCCAGUGCCUGCGCCUCUCCUCGUAUCAACUGCUCCUCCCUGCUCUCCGCAUUCACAGGUCCCAACUGCUGCAUUGACAUCCGGCACUUUGCCAAGCUUGUUCCAUGGUUCCCUCUCGCAUCAUUGGUAACCUCGUUCCAGUUACAUUCUUCUUUCCAAUGCACUCGCCUUCACUGCACAGGCCCCAACUGCUGCAUUGACAUUCGAUACUUUGCCAAGCUUGUUCCCUGGUUCCCUCUUGCAUCCUCUGUCAAGAACAUGGCGCAUUUCGGCCAGA